AGUCUACGUGACGGGUAAUUCAGCGUGGGACCUACAUGGACCCCACAUGUGAGGAUGCCACGUCAAUCUCUCUCCCUUCCUCCUCUCUCUCUCUCACUCUUCUCUUCUCAUCCGACGCCGCGAGGAGGGCAGCGCCGUGACGGCAGCCGGCAGCACGGCGGCGGAGAAGCUCACGCUCUUGGCGAUGCCGCUACCGCCAAGGAGGAGGAGGUGAGGCGAAAGCCAGGCGGCGGCGGCGGCGGGCACGUUGUCCAUGCCGAACUGGGUGCUCUCGUCAUCGGAGUCGUCGGAGUGGUGGAGCUUGCGAUGGGAUGUGCAGGCGGUGGUGGUGGAGGCGAAGCGAUGUACUCCAGCAGGCGAAGUGAUGGCUUCGGCGGGCUCGUGGUGGCGGAGCGGCGGCAUCGGUGGGCGAGCACGGCUGCGGAGAGGCGGCGUCAGCGAGUGAGAGCGGUGGCGGAGCGGCGGCAGCUCCGAGCGGCAGCCAUCUCGUGGAGCAGAGGGACGGGGGGCUCGGCGGGCGAGCGGCGGCUCCGAGCGGCAGCCAUCUCCGAGAGGCGGGCUCCUCCCCUGCCGGCCGCCGGCCCUCCUCCCACGCCGGCCGCCGGCGCGCACCGACGCGGCGCCCGGCCCCGCCUCCACCUCCGUGCUCACCUCAUGUCGCGCGUCGUGGAGAGGGACACCUCGUCGGCGUGGUUCUUGGGCUCGUUGUUCCGCGUCGACGAGGCACGCCGCUACAUCGUGGACAAGGUCCUGCCGCACCCGUGGUACCGCGCCAUCUGCGUCGCCGGCGCCGACCGCCCCGUGGGAUCCAUAUCCGUUAACCCGGCGGACGACCUCCGGGAGCCCGACGAGUCCGAGACCGGCGGCCUCCGCUCCCGCUGUUGCAGGGCCUCCGUCGGGUACCGGGUGGCGCACGUGCACUGGGGUCGCGGCGUGGUGACGCGGGCGGUGAGGGCGACAGCGGAGGUGGUGUCCGCGGAGUGGCCGUGGCUGGAGAGGCUGGCAGCCGUCGCUGACGUGGAGAACCCGGCUGGCCGCCGGGCGGCUGCAAAACGUUAUUUUGUUUCCCACUACAGACUGAAUGGAUGGAAGUCACGAACACUGGAAGAUUGGUCUAAUGGAAGAUGAAUCUUUUAUCAGUUUCGUUGGGGGCAAUCAAGUCAGUCUAUAUUUGGCUAUUUGUAUUAGAGAUAAUCUCGUAGAAUCAGCAUCAUAAACAGGGCGAAAAAAAGUCUCAUCGGAGACAUCUGAAAAGAGGGCGAAAAAAAAUAGAAAAACGAAUUUGUCCGAUUCCAAAAAAAUAA